UCUGGCCCGCCCCGCCGCUCCCCUCAGGCGAGGCUGGGCCGGCUCCGCGCGUGUGGCGGGGCCGCGCUGGCGGACACUCAGUCAGUGAGUGACCGAGCGGGCAGCGCCGGCUCACUCUUCCCCUGCUCUCGCCUCGGGGUCCCCCUGCCCUCGUCCCCCCACGGGAGAGCCGCCCCGGCGAGGUCCUGCCUUGUAGAAUGAGGGUUCAGAGCAGUCGAACUUCUGAUGUAGACAGUGGAUGUUGCCUUACAAAUCUUUAGAAGCAGUAAACACUGGGAGUGUGAUACUGUGAACAAGGACACUGAACCCAAAGAUCCAUAUCCCAUUCCAAGAAAGAUUAUGGCUGAACCAGACUACAUAGAUGAUGACAAUCCUGAAUUAAUUAGACCUCAGAAAUUAAUUAAUCCUGUGAAGUCAUCUCGGAAUCAUCAGGAUCUCCAUAGAGAGCUGCUUAUGAAUCAGAAACGGGGUCUUGCACCUCAAAACAAACCAGAGCUACAGAAGGUGAUGGAGAAAAGGAAACGAGAUCAAGUUAUUAAACAACAAAAAGAAGAGGAAGCACAAAAGAAGAAAUCAGACUUGGAAAUAGAGCUACUGAAACGGCAGCAGAAACUGGAGCAGCUGGAACUGGAGCAACAGAAGAUGCAGGAAGAGCAGGAAAACGCACCUGAAUUUGUCAAAGUCAAGGGCAACUUGAGGAGGACGGUCCAGGAAGCAACAGAAGCACCAGACUCCUAGAGCCAGCACCUGCUAAGACUUCCAGCUUUCCUGCAGAGAGAGGCUUUUGCAAGUUGUCUCAGCUUUGCCCCUCAAGAGGGAAAACAACAGCAUCCAGCUGAUACCUGAAGAUGAGAUAUUUAAUUCCUGGGACGUGUGGAUUAAAAAGACAGCACUGUAAACAGAUCGACUUGCCAAAUGCAGUCCUGAGAUCAAUGGACAAGGAGCCUGUUUGUCAGUUCAAGUGUCAUGGACCAGUCUGAUGUGCUUACUCAGAGAUUUCAACCAGGGAUACUAGAGAAACUUCUUCAGUGUUGCACUGCUUUAUCUUUUGUGAUCCUAGUUUAGUGGAGAUACACAGAUUAUAUUUUGCUUUAAAGCAGAACAAAAAUCCUCCUGUGAUAUCUUAUGAAGCUUUGCUGUGCAGGUAGAUUUGCUCCAUCUAGACCUACAGCCUGUGUAUAUCCUAGAAGAAUAUGCAUUUAGUUGGAAUUUCUAUCAGAUCUGGGGGAUAUGAGGUAUGUUGAUCGCUGCUGCCCAUCCCCACUAGGAUAGGCAGGUGUGGGCAGGAUAAGAAUGCUUAAAAUUCACCAGCAGUGAAAAGUUAAGCAGCCUUAAAGCCCAUUUCUCCCUGUUCAGCUUGUAGAAUUUGGGCUAUGAAAGAGCAGAAACCCUCUCACCAGGGAAAACCCAGAAGCUGAUUUAUCUGUCUCCAAGCUUACACUGCUGUGUACAGGCCUGUACAGUGCUACCUGUGGAUUUACCUCUCAAUGCAAAAUAACCCGUCUUCUACUUUCUGUGUUUUGAAAUGCUACCUACUUCGCUGUUGUGACCUUUCUCCUCCAGGGACAUGCUGAUCUGAGGACAGUGUUAACAUGUUACUUGGUAGUGUUUAAACUCAUUUGCUGGAACUGAAAUCAGGACACUGAUUUGCCAUAUAACCGUAGAAUAGUUAUCAGUUCCUGCUCUUUGCUUGCAGGAACUUGUUGCAGUUCCUGCACCAGAGCAGUGUUUAAGCCACACCAGACCGAUAAUUGGAAUCUACUGAGAUACUCUAAAGUGAGGCAUAAAAUGUAAUUCAUUUUAUCCCACCCUUUCUUUAGCCUCAAGAAAGAAGUGUGUUUACCACUGAGUCUUUGGGUCCAAUCCUGUCACUUUCUGGCUUUCCACAAAUUGCCCCUGUGACUUGCCAUUAAGUUAAAUAUUGCUCAGCUUGCACAGGGAUGGCAGAAUCUGAUCCUUCAUGCUUAUGACUACUAGAUAUCCAGGAAAGCCUGUGAUGAGAAGAGGGGAAGAGAUCACUCAUGUAGGAUUAUAGAAUUGAUUUUUUACCUGGUGUGAAUGGGUGCAGAUAUCUUAUCUUCAGAAUCUGAGGGGAGAAAUCCUCAUCUUCCUUGGUUGGCACAGUCGUAGAUCUCACUGAAGCCGUGUUCAUCCCUAUCACCUGAGGAUCUAAUCCUAGCCUUUGCCUUAGGAUGCUAAACAAAAUAAUUUCUGCUUCGUAAUUACAUUGGCUAUAACUGUUUGAGAACACGUUUUGUUGAUAUCAAGAGUGGCAUGUUUAUAUUGUAAAGGUGGGGGUGGGGGUGGUGGUUUGUUUCUAGUUCCUUUUCCCUUUCCUGUAAGCAUUGGACGAUUUAAAUCCAAUUUCAGCAUAACACUUGGGACAAAAUGCUCACAAUUAGAAGUGUUUCCUAGAUACGGACUUCCAUUUGUCAAGAUCCAGGUGUUUUUAAUGAGGACAGAAUCAGAUUGAGAGUAAAUUGAAUUGUGAUAAGUGGAUUGCCAUUGAUUUAGACUUGCAGCAUGACUCGCGUCUAGAAGAUUAAAUCUGGUCUACCAGACUUCAGAUUAUGGACAUACAACAAGGGCCAAACGUAAGACUCUUCCUUGUAUUUUCUCUACAAAGGAACAACCCGAGUGCUGCAGGCUCUUCCCCUCUCUUUUCCUUUCUUCUGGAAGGAGAAGAUCUUCCUUUCUGGCAGCACAAACACUUGCACUGAUUGAGUUUGUUUCAUGUUGUUGAGACAGCACUAUACACAAGCCUUCCAUGCCACAUUCAUGUGUUAUUUUAGCCACUCCCAGCCUACCAAACUUCAUGCCUCUUGCUUUCCACGCCACAAUUAACCUUCUGCUCAGUAUGGAAAUGUCUAGAAGUUGAUGAGGAAACCCUCCUUUGGCUUGAGCAGACCAUUUCUCUGCCAUUUCCCCUUGGUGAACAUGGUAACCCUUCCACAAAUGCACAGUGAAAUGAAGUUGGUGUAAUCCCAAUGGCAGCGGAGUCAGUGUGGGAUGAGGACCUCUUCUUGGCUUCGGGGACUGUGUUGGAUUGGGCCCUUCAAGGCUGGAGGCAUUCUGCUUUCUCUCCGUGUUAGCUUGUGAUUCAGGGUAGAGUUUCUCUUUCUGAAACACAGGAGGCCAGACAACUCCCUUGUACAUACAGUGUGCAGUAGUUUUUUGUUUUCAGUUGGAAUUAAUUCUUUGUGUGAACAGAACAUCAAUGUGUGUGUUAGAACAUCUUUGAAUCCUGCUGACCCUUUAGUCUAGGAAUCCCAGCCACCUUCAUGUCGAUUCGACAGGCGAGAGCUUGUCUUUAAAGUCAGGAUUGGGCUAGAAUGGGCAACCCUGCAAUGGGUGGUCAGCUAGUCACACCACAAGUGUCCUGUGCGGCUGCUCAAGUGAGAAACUGCUUGUCAGUGAGUGUAAGCAACUCCUGAUCUGCCCUUUAGCCAUAUGGGGUUUGAAGCAAUCUGGCAAAUACUUCAGUGAUUUGAAAAUGGCUUACUUACCACUUUGUACUUUUUUAAAACUCUUGCUUUUGAUAGUAUAGCAGUAAAUUUUAUAGCAUUUUUUGUGUCUUUAACCUUCUGUUAAUAUCUGCACUUGUUUGAGUGUACAUAUAUAAAUAUAUAUAAAUAUAAAAAGG